AUGGCCGCCAACAAGAACAACCAGAUCGUCCUCAACGAGCGCCCCCAGAGAGGCCCCGUCACCGACACCACUUUCAGAUCCAACGUCGUCGACGUCCCAGAGCCCAAGGACGGCGAAGUGGUGGUGCGCAUCGACUAUGCCAGUGUUGACCCCACUAUGCGAGGCUGGGUCGAUGAUGUGCGAUCUUACCUUCCUCCUGUAGAGAUUGGAGCUGCUAUGCGUGCUCCCGGUCUUGGCACUGUCGUUGCUUCAAAGUCCGAUGCUUUCAAGGUGGGCGACCUCGCGGUCGGCCUUCUCGGGUGGCAGGAGUACUACGUCGGAUCUGCUGAGGGUCUCACCAAGAGAGUAACCCCCGAAGGCGGCAAAGACAUUGACCACCUUGGUCUUUUCGGUAUGACUGGUAUGACAGCCUACGUCGGUAUGUUUGAAAUCGGCAAACUCCAGGAUGGCGACCACGUCCUUAUCUCUGGCGCCGCUGGUGCGGUCGGCCAGACCGCCACUCAGAUCGCCCUUGCCCAUCCCAAUUGCAAGGUCUCUGUCAUCGCAGGCUCCAAGGAAAAGCUCGACUACCUGAAGAAGCUUGGUGUCCACAAUGCUCUCAACUACAAGGACGCCGACUUUAAAGAGCAAUUCCACAAGAUUGGAAACGUGGAUGUGUACUUUGACAACGUCGGCGGAUCCAUCCUUGAUCUCACCCUCCGCCAGCUCAACCCUCACGCCAGAAUCAUUGGAUGCGGUGCCAUCUCUGCAUACAAUGCCGAGAAGCCCGAGCCCAUCUACAACUACUUCUGUCUCAUCACCAUGAAGUCCACAUUCCGAGGCUUCAUCGUAAUGGAACACGCCAACCUUUUCCCCGAGGGCAUCGCCUACUUUGCCGACCUUGUCAAGAAGGGCAAGAUGGAAUUCAACUACCAUGUCGUCGAUGGCUUGGACAAUGCCGUUACAGCUUUGAGGGAGAUGUUCGACGGUAAGAACCUGGGCAAGACUGUGGUCAGGGUCAGCAAGGAGGCGGUCAGGCAAAGCAAGCUCUGA